UUUUUUGGCGUGCGUGUGUGCGUGUGAAGGUGCGGCUGGCUUUGGCUGUCCCGAUGACAGUUGAGCCAGUCAGAUUUGCGAUUCCUUUCCGUAGGGUCGUAGAAUUUUCGCGUCCGCCGUCGGUGUGUUUUUCGUUUUUUUGGCGUGUGUGUGUGCGUGUGAAGGUGCGGCUGGCUUUGGCUGUCCCGAUGACAGUUGAGCCAGUCAGAUUUGCGAUUCCUUUCCGUAGGGUCGUAGAAUUUUCGCGUCCGCCGUCGGUGUGUUUUUCGUUUUUUUGGCGUGCGUGUGUGCGUGUGAAGGUGCGGCUGGCUUUGGCUGUCCCGAUGACAGUUGAGCCAGUCAGAUUUGCGAUUCCUUUCCGUAGGGUCGUAGAAUUUUCGCGUCCGCCGUCGGUGUGUUUUUCGUUUUUUUGGCGUGCGUGUGUGCGUGUGAAGGUGCGGCUGGCUUUGGCUGUCCCGAUGACAGUUGAGCCAGUCAGAUUUGCGAUUCCUUUCCGUAGGGUCGUAGAAUUUUCGCGUCCGCCGUCGGUGUGUUUUUCGUUUUUUUGGCGUGCGUGUGUGCGUGUGAAGGUGCGGCUGGCUUUGGCUGUCUCGAUGACAGUUGAGCCAGUCAGAUUUGCGAUUCCUUUCCGAAGGGUCGUAGAAUUUUCGCGUCCGCCGUCGGUGUGUUUUUCGUUUUUUUGGCGUGUGUGUGUGCGUGUGAAGGUGCGGCUGGCUUUGGCUGUCCCGAUGACAGUUGAGCCAGUCAGAUUUGCGAUUCCUUUCCGUAGGGUCGUAGAAUUUUCGCGUCCGCCGUCGGUGUGUUUUUCGUUUUUUUGGCGUGCGUGUGUGCGUGUGAAGGUGCGGCUGGCUUUGGCUGUCCCGAUGACAGUUGAGCCAGUCAGAUUUGCGAUUCCUUUCCGUAGGGUCGUAGAAUUUUCGCGUCCGCCGUCGGUGUGUUUUUCGUUUUUUUGGCGUGCGUGUGUGCGUGUGAAGGUGCGGCUGGCUUUGGCUGUCCCGAUGACAGUUGAGCCAGUCAGAUUUGCGAUUCCUUUCCGUAGGGUCGUAGAAUUUUCGCGUCCGCCGUCGGUGUGUUUUUCGUUUUUUUGGCGUGUGUGUGUGCGUGUGAAGGUGCGGCUGGCUUUGGCUGUCCCGAUGACAGUUGAGCCAGUCAGAUUUGCGAUUCCUUUCCGUAGGGUCGUAGAAUGUUCGCGUCCGCCGUCGGUGUGUUUUUCGUUUUUUUGGCGUGCGUGUGUGCGUGUGAAGGUGCUGCUGGCUUUGGCUGUCCCGAUGACAGUUGAGCCAGUCAGAUUUGCGAUUCCUUUCCGUAGGGUCGUAGAAUUUUCGCGUCCGCCGUCGGUGUGUUUUUCGUUUUUUUGGCGUGCGUGUGUGCGUGUGAAGGUGCGGCUGGCUUUGGCUGUCCCGAUGACAGUUGAGCCAGUCAGAUUUGCGAUUCCUUUCCGUAGGGUCGUAGAAUUUUCGCGUCCGCCGUCGGUGUGUUUUUCGUUUUUUUGGCGUGCGUGUGUGCGUGUGAAGGUGCGGCUGGCUUUGGCUGUCCCGAUGACAGUUGAGCCAGUCAGAUUUGCGAUUCCUUUCCGUAGGGUCGUAGAAUUUUCGCGUCCGCCGUCGGUGUGUUUUUCGUUUUUUUUGGCGUGCGUGUGUGCGUGUGAAGGUGCGGCUGGCUUUGGCUGUCCCGAUGACAGCUAGCCAGUUUGAUUUGACCCUAUCAACACCCUAUCAUACCAUUUCAGCUCGAUACACAUCGAAACUCGUCGUUCGAACCGUUAAUCAGUACCUCACUAAACAUCAAUCAUUUAAAACUCGUAAAAUCAUCUCAAGUUAAAAGUUACAUUGUUUAAUCCUUCAUUCUUUAAUUACAAAUAAUUUUGGUUCUAUCUUUCCACAGCCGGCUGUCUAAGACUAGACCAUUUCAUUUAAAAUUUAACAACCGAUAAACGGGAAAUGUCUCAUCCGCAGCAUCCGAUUGUUUGCCUUGAGAAUAAUAUAUAACAUCUUUCAACAAACACUAUGAUUUUGGGUCGCAUCAUCAUCUUCUAUGAUGAAUCCUGACCAAACACCCUAUCCUACUAACAAGUUUUCAGGUUCCUGGCGCUCGUGGGGUGUAAGCACAGAGUAAAUCAGCUGCCCUAGUAGCAACCUGCGCUAACUAACAUUCCCGUCCCUUAAAAUCGAGGUCUACAAACUGACAUGGCGGGCGCCGUUGGUGGCCAAUGACUGUUACCUAUUCGCAACUGAUCUAGCUUUAGCAAUCAUGGUGUUUUAUCUUUUCAGCGCAUUCAUACAUGCUGUUGAUAAGGGAAACACCACUAGAUCGUCGAAGCCUAUAAUCAGUAGUGCUGAAAGGAUAUUACGGUUCUGUUCAGCAACGGAGGGGCAACCAUGGGUGAUCUCUCAUGCUCAUGCUCAUGCU